CGCCGGUCUUGUAAACCGGAAAUAAGUCCAAGCCCCACUUUUAAAACUUCAGAGGUAGAAAGCUUCCUAUCAUCGGUCUCCAAAACCGAUAUUUUUAAUAAACUAACCCCUGAAAUGAUUAAAAUAAUAAUUAUAUCACUAUCAAACGUAAUAAAUAUUAAUUUUAUUAAAUUAAGACACCCGAUAUCAAUAAUACUUUUCAUUAUCCUACAAACUUUCCUAGUUGGAUUAAUAACAGGAACAAUAAUGGAAAGAUAUUGGUUAUCAUAUAUUUUAUUUUUAACGUUUCUUGGUGGUAUAUUAGUUCUAUUUAUUUAUAUUACGAGAAUUGCAUCAAACGAAAUAUUUCAACCUAAAUCAAUUACGAUAAUUAUUACAUUAACAAUAUGAAUAUUUAUUAUAUCAACAUUAAUUAUUUUAGAUAUAUCAAUAUUUAUAGACUUUUUCAAAAAUACUGAAACUAUAAAUAUUGAUAAUUCAAUCAAUUUUCAAGAAAUAACAAUAUCUUUAGAAAAACUAUAUAAUAGACCAACAUUCAUUAUUACAAUAAUAAUAAUAAUUUAUUUAUUUUUAGCACUACUAGCAGUUGUUAAAAUCACCAACAUUAACCAGGGGCCUAUUCGUAAAAUAAGAUAAUUUACUAAUGAAUAAACCCUUACGAUUGAGACAUCCUUUAAUUAAAAUCAUUAAUAACUCUUUAGUUGAUUUACCUGCACCAACAAAUAUUUCAUUUUGAUGGAAUUUUGGGUCCCUAUUAGGGUUAUGUUUGGUAAUCCAAAUUGUAACUGGACUAUUUUUAGCUAUACAUUAUACAUCAAAUAUUGAAAUAGCAUUUAGUAGUGUAGUUCACAUCUGCCGAGACGUAAAUAAUGGUUGAAUUAUUCGAACCUUACAUGCAAAUGGAGCUUCUAUAUUUUUUAUUUGUAUUUAUUUACAUGUCGGACGAGGAAUUUACUAUGGAUCUUAUAUAUACAUACACACCUGAAUAAUUGGUACAGUAAUCCUAUUCUUAGUUAUAGCAACUGCAUUUAUAGGAUAUGUUUUACCUUGAGGUCAAAUAUCAUUCUGAGGUGCAACAGUAAUCACUAAUUUAUUAUCAGCAAUCCCAUAUCUAGGAACAGAUUUAGUUCAAUGAGUAUGAGGAGGGUUUGCUGUUGAUAAUGCAACAUUAAAUCGAUUCUUUACAUUCCAUUUUGUAUUACCAUUUAUUAUUGCUGCUAUAGCAGCAAUUCAUU